AUGGCCGGAGACAUCAGGAAUGAGUUUGAAGUUCUUGAACUAAAGGGGACAAACACCAAGCAUCUCUUGUGGCAUAUCGGAGCGCAGGGCUGUCACGGUGGACUCAUUGGUUACCUCUGGAAAGUGGAUCGAGAUAUUUCGACACUUGGCAUUGUUUGCACCGUGCUCGAGUUCCCAAGCUGCCCAUACAGAACUCCCAUCUCUCAUCUCUUUUCGAACAUCGAAGGUGAACGCCGCCGUGUAUGGGACAGCCUGUCGUUGUAUCACAAGGAAGGAUACCAGGCAGAGCAAAAUGUGGAGUAUUGGCAAAUCGAGUUUCUCACACUGUUCAAGGAAAGGACAAGACGUCCAGCGAUGCGCGAAUGGGCCUUGAAGACCGGAGGCAUAAUUUGGAGCUUCAAACCACCACACUCCAAGACCACUCAAUCUUCACUCGUACCUAAUGUCGCGGUUACAAGUGCAUGA